UUUCGUCUUUCGGCCACCCGCGCGCCACCGCUCAGGCGACGGCUGAUGGCGUCACCCGUACUUCCGCCUGCGGCUGCGUUCUAGUCACCAGCGAGGAAGGAAGAAGGGAGGUCUGAAGGGGCUGUGUGCGGGGGAAAUAGCGAGGAAAGAGAAGAAAUCCGGGUGUAGCGGGCGCUACGGCAGUAACCGCGGCCCUCCUCUGUCCCCGGCGUCCCCCCAUCGGAAGUCGCCCUAGGCACACUUCCCCCGACUUUGGGUAGUCUCCCCUCCGCUUGAUCUCCCGACACCCCGGUCUCCCUCUUCGCCUCUAACCACCCCCUCCUAGCUCCCUCACGCUCCCUCCCUCUCCCUCCCUCCCAUCGUCAGGCUCCCCGCCCUCAGUAUCGCGAGACGAGGUGAGAGCUGGCGGAGCGGCGGCGGCGGCAGCAGCAGUAGAGGUGACCGAGGCGGUGGCGGCGGAGGCGGCACCGAACGCUGUGUUGGCCCCGGUGCGGCCGAAGUCGCGGUAGAGCGUAGCCCCCACGCCCCUCCCCCGUCCGCGCCCUCCCUCUUUCCCCGGAGAUGGAGAAGGCGACGGUUCCGGUGGCGGCGGCGGCGGCGGCGGCAGCUGAGGGAGAAGGGAGCCCCCCGGCGGUGGCGGCUGUGGUGGGCCCCCCCGCGGCUGCACCGGCGGCGGAGGUCGGCAGCGGCGUUGGCGGCGGCGGCGGCAGCGGGGCUCGCUCGGCCUCGUCUCCUCGUGGGAUGGUGCGAGUCUGCGACCUGCUCCUGAAGAAGAAGCCGCCGCCGCAGCAACACCACAAGGCCAAGCGUAACCGGACUUGCCGACCCCCCAGCAGCAGCGAAAGCAGCAGCGACAGCGACAACAGCGGCGGCGGUGGAGGCGGUGGCGGCGGAGGCGGCGGCGGCGGCACCAGCAGCAACAACAGCGAGGAAGAAGAGGACGACGACGACGAGGAAGAGGAGGUUUCUGAGGUGGAGUCUUUCAUUUUGGAUCAGGAGGAUUUGGAAAAUCCAAUGCUGGAAACGGCUUCCAAGUUCCUCUUGUCAGGUGCUGCUGAUGGUGCAGACCUCAGGACAGUAGAUCCAGAAACACAAGCUAGACUGGAAGCUUUACUAGAAGCUGCAGGAAUAGGCAAAUUAUCUACGGCUGAUGGUAAAGCCUUUGCAGAUCCUGAAGUGCUUCGGAGGUUGACAUCAUCUGUUAGUUGUGCGUUGGAUGAAGCUGCUGCUGCGCUUCCCCGUAUGAGAGCUGAAAGCACAGCAAAUGCAGGGCAGUCGGACAACCGCAGUUUGGCAGAAGCCUGUUCAGAAGGAGAUGUAAAUGCUGUGCGAAAGUUACUCAUUGAAGGGCGAAGUGUAAAUGAACACACUGAGGAAGGGGGGAGCCUCCUUUGUUUAGCUGGUUCUGCUGGAUAUUAUGAGCUUGCACAGGUUUUGUUGGCAAUGCAUGCCAAUGUGGAAGAUAGGGAGAUCAAAGGUGACAUUCCACCUUUAAUGGCUGCUGCUAAUGGAGGACAUGUCCAAAUUGUGAAGUUGCUGCUAGCUCAUAAAGCUGAUGUCAAUGCACAGUCUUCAACAGGCAAUACAGCACUUACAUAUGCUUGUGCUGGAGGUUAUGUAGAUGUUGUAAAGGUGCUCUUGGAAUCCGGUGCUAGUGUUGAGGACCGUAAUGAAAAUGGUCAUACUCCUCUUAUGGAAGCUGGAAGUGCUGGACAUGUGGAAGUAGCCAGAUUGCUGCUAGAAAAUGGGGCUGGCAUUAAUGCGCAUUCCAAUGAAUUUAAAGAGAGUGCCCUUACGUUAGCUUGUUACAGAGGACAUUUAGAGAUGGUGCGAUUUCUUUUGGAAGCAGGCGCAGAUCAAGAGCAUAAAACAGAUGAAACGCACACUGCUUUAAUGGAGGCUUGCAUGGAUGGCCACGCUGAAGUAGCUAGGUUACUUCUUGACAGUGGUGCCCAAGUGAACAUGCCUGCUGAUUCAUUUGAAUCACCAUUGACUUUGGCUGCAUGUGGUGGGCACGUGGAACUUGCGGCUUUACUUAUUGAAAGAGGAGCUAGCCUGGAAGAGGUCAAUGAUGAAGGUUAUACACCAUUGAUGGAAGCUGCUCGUGAAGGACAUGAAGAAAUGGUGGCAUUACUUUUAGGCCAAGGAGCAAAUAUCAAUGCACAGACAGAAGAAACUCAAGAAACUGCCUUGACUUUGGCUUGCUGUGGAGGCUUUCUGGAAGUGGCAGACUUUCUAAUUAAGGCAGGAGCUGAUAUAGAAGUAGGGUGUUCUACCCCUUUAAUGGAAGCUGCUCAAGAGGGUCAUUUGGACUUAGUUAAAUACUUAUUAGCUGCAGGAGCUAAUGUUCAUGCAACAACAGCAACAGGGGAUAGAGCACUAACAUGCGCCUGUGAAAAUGGUCAUACCGAUGUAGCAGAUGUCUUACUUCAGGCAGGAGCAGAUCUGGAGCAUGAAUCUGAAGGUGGAAGAACUCCUUUAAUGAAAGCUGCAAGAGCUGGUCAUGUUUGUACCGUUCAGUUCCUAAUUAGUAAAGGAGCAAAUGUGAAUAGAACCACAGCUAACAAUGACCAUACUGUACUGUCCCUGGCUUGUGGGGGUCAUCUGGCAGUGGUGGAACUACUUUUGGCUCAUGGGGCAGAUCCUACUCACCGUUUAAAAGAUGGCUCGACUAUGUUGAUAGAAGCAGCAAAAGGUGGUCAUACAAGCGUUGUUUGCUAUCUUUUGGACUAUCCUAAUAACUUGCUUUCAGCCCCUCCACCAGAUGUCACUCAGUUAACGCCCCCAUCCCACGAUUUAAAUAGGGCUCCUCGUGUACCGGUUCAAGCACUGCCCAUGGUUGUCCCACCUCAGGAGCCUGACAAACCACCUGCCAGUGUUGCCACUACUCUUCCCAUCAGGAAUAAAGCUGCUUCCAAACAGAAGUCCAGCAGCCAUUUGCCAGCAAACAGCCAGGAUGUACAGGGUUACAUCACCAAUCAGUCUCCAGAGAGCAUUGUAGAAGAGGCUCAAGGCAAGUUAACAGAACUGGAACAGAGAAUAAAAGAAGCCAUAGAAAAGAAUGCACAGCUGCCGUCCUUGGAACUGGCUCAUGCUGACCAACUUACCAAGGAGAAGAUCGAGGAGCUGAGCAAAACAAGGGAGGAACAAAUUCAGAAGAAACAAAAGAUUUUGGAGGAACUACAGAAAGUAGAACGAGAAUUACAACUGAAAACUCAGCAGCAGCGAAAAAAGCAGUAUCUAGAGGUUAAAGCUCAAAGAAUUCAACUUCAGCAGCAGCAGCAACAGUCUUGCCAACAUCUGGGACUGCUAACUCCUGUUGGGGUUGGAGAACAGCUUUCCGAGGGAGGCUAUGCACGGUUACAGCAAGUGGAUCCCGUUCUGCUUAAAGAUGAACCCCAGCAAACUGCUGCUCAGAUGGGUUUUGCACCAGUCCAGCCUCUGGCCAUGCCUCAAGCUUUGCCUCUGGCGGCAGGUCCCUUGCCUCCAGGGUCCAUCGCAAAUCUUACAUAACUGCAAGGAGUGAUAGUUGGACAGCCAGUACUGGGCCAAGCACAGUUGGCAGGGUUGGGGCAAGGAAUUCUGACAGAAACACAACAAGUAAUGGUAGCCAGCCCUGCUCAGACCCUCAAUGACACGCUGGAUGACAUCAUGGCAGCAGUCAGUGGAAGAGCAUCUGCAAUGUCACACACUCCUACCCACAGUAUCGCUGCUUCCAUUUCCCAACCUCAGACUCCAACUCCAAGUCCUAUCAUCUCUCCUUCAGCCAUGCUUCCUAUCUACCCUGCCAUUGAUACUGAUGCACAGACUGAGAGUAAUCAUGACACGGCGCUAAUGCUUGCCUGUGCUGGUGGUCAUGAGGAACUGGUACAGACAUUGCUAGAGAGAGGAGCUAGUAUUGAGCACAGAGACAAGAAAGGUUUUACUCUGCUCAUCUUGGCUGCUACAGCUGGUCAUGUUGGUGUUGUGGAAAUAUUGCUGGACAAUGGUGCAGACAUUGAAGCCCAGUCAGAAAGAACCAAGGACACACCACUAUCUUUGCCUUGUUCUGGGGGAAGACAGGAGGUGGUGGAGCUAUUGUUAGCUCGAGGGGCAAAUAAAGAGCACAGGAAUGUUUCUGAUUGCACACCUCUAAGCCUGGCUGCUUCUGGUGGCUAUGUGAACAUUAUCAAAAUAUUGCUAAAUGCAGGAGCUGAGAUUAAUUCUAGAACUGGUAGCAAAUUGGGUAUUUCUCCUCUGAUGUUAGCAGCUAUGAAUGGGCACACAGCUGCCGUUAAGCUCCUGUUAGACAUGGGCUCUGACAUAAAUGCUCAAAGAGAAACCAAUCGGAACACUGCCCUUACCUUAGCCUGCUUCCAAGGAAGAACUGAAGUGGUUAGUCUUCUGCUUGAUAGAAAAGCAAAUGUGGAACACAGAGCUAAGACUGGCCUCACACCGCUAAUGGAAGCUGCCUCUGGUGGAUAUGCAGAGGUGGGCCGAGUUCUUUUGGAUAAAGCUGCUGAUGUUAGUGCCCCUCCAGUGCCCUCCUCGAGAGAUGCAGCUUUAACCAUAGCAGCAGAUAAAGGGCAUUAUAAAUUCUGUGAGCUUCUCAUUGGCAGGGGUGCUCACAUUGAUGUACGUAACAAGAAGGGGAACACUCCAUUGUGGCUGGCAGCAAAUGGUGGACACCUUGACGUGGUUCGGUUACUGGUGCCAGCAGGUGCAGGUGUGGGUGCAGCUGAUAACCGCAAGAUAACUCCUCUUAUGGCAGCAUUUAGAGAGGUAGAAGUCUUUCAUCCUCAGUCACUUGGAUAUUUUUCACUUAGGCUAGGAAGUGCAUAAUUUAAUUAUCACUAAAGACUCUUAUUUUAGGAUCUAACAGUAGUGAUGAAAGCAGUAAAAUAAUAAGCAAAUAAUCACUCUGAUGGCAACAUUGAAAGGUAGGUACAGGCAUGCCAGAAAAGCCAUUAAUAGUAUCCAUAUUGGAUGUCAAAGCUAAGUAAACUUUUAAAAAGUUGUUCUAAGUAGUAUUUGCAAAAUCUAGUUGCAAUCUUAAUCUUUCACAAAAUAUAAAUCCAACUAAGAGUAAUUAAUUACUUGUUUAUGAAUGAGUGUUUUCUUGUAUUAGCACAGCAGGGAAAAAUUUAACUUAAAUUGGCUCCAUUUUUAAUUAUUGACUUUAAUUUCUAGGAAAAAAGGAAAAAUGAAAAUUCAGCUGCCAGUAUUUGAAACCUUCAGAAGUAGAAAUAAAUCUUGUGAAAUUGAAACUUUCUGUAAUGCAUAGCACAGAACUGUGUAUAAAUAAUUUGAUUUAAUGUUCUGGUUGAUCUCUUAAAUGCAGGUCUGAUUUGUUAUUGGGGAAGCCAGACUACUAUUCCAGGGAUUAUAAUUUUGAGUUUUGUCAUUCUGUAGGUAUAAUUUUGAGUUUUGUCAUUCACGUAGGUAAAAUCUCUUAUAGAUUCCAAAUUACUUUGUUGUAUUGAAAAUUUUUAAUAUAUAAAUUGUAAAAAAUCAUCUUUUCCUUUUUCUCUUAUUCUUCUCUCUGACUCUUGUUCUUUAUACCACCUCCUCCCUGGGUGUUCUAGACUACCUUCCCACUGACUCUCUGAAUUUGUUUUUCCUCGCUAAUCAAACUUAUUCUCAGUGGCUACCUACCUCUUCUCCAAGCAAGCUAGCAUAUCAAGUUUAUCAUCCAAACCAUUUCACUAUGUUAGUAUCCUCUUCAAGUACCUUUUCAUGUCUCCCCAGUCUCUGUAAUCCUUUGAAAUCCAAUCUUAGUUUGUUAUUCAAAGCCCAAUCUAGU